UUCAACAACGUCAUUUCGAAGCGGUAGUCGUUCUGGCCAGACUUUUGCACGAACUAAAGUCUGCGUUCAGAUCAAAACCUUGGUUCAACAGAAGUGAUAUAUUCAGCCCGAGCUGAAAACUUGCUUCACUCAUUGUGUCUAAACUUGACAUGUGAGACCCCAUAUUGUGACUAUCAUCUUGUGCUCGCAACACAAUUUUAAAAAUGGUGACGGUGAUUGCUAAAGUCUUCUACAAAGGACUUGGAUUAUAAGCUGUGCGUCUUCUCUGACAGAAUUACGUUAUAAAGUGCUUUUGUGAUUAUCUUGUUUCCGUCUCAUUCUGGUUAUUAAAAAAGUGAUUCUUGUAUGUUAUUUAAAAUAAUGUCGCUAAUUAUUUCACGUAUGAUUCCCGACUCAAAAAUUUUUUGGUCACCAGUGGACCCCCGCACGGAGGGGUGGCCUUUCGUAGGCAAUCUGCCCUCCCUAGUCAUUCUACUUGCCGGUUACUUAUAUGUGGUCAAAGUGGCAGGUCCUCGCUGGAUGAAGGACCGUGUACCUUUCGAAAACCUUAAGCCCUUAAUGCGUGUAUAUAAUAUUCUAAUGGUAUUUGCAAAUGCUUUUAUGCUUCAAUACAUUCUUCGGCGCACAUACCUUGGUGGAGGCUACUCGCUAUACUGCCAGGGAAUCAACUACGUCGACCGCUCGCCACAAACAAUGGAGUUGCUGAACGCCCUCUAUUACUAUACGUUCGUACGAAUAAUAGAUUUUCUUGACACGAUAUUUUUUGUGUUGCGGAAAAAGUUUUCUCAUGUCAGCUUCUUACACUUGUCACAUCACUGUCUGGUUGUUUUUAUAGGUUGGUAUGGUGCCUUGCACGGUUACGAAGGCCAACCAAUGUUAGGGACGUGCAUCAACAUGUUCAUACACAUUAUUAUGUACUCCUACUAUUUUCUGGCAUCAUUCGGGCACCGAUUUAAACGUUACCUUGUUUGGAAAAAAUACCUUACACAAUUACAGUUGAUACAGUUUGUGAUAGCCAUCGGCCAUCUCAUAGUGCCCGUGUUCGAAAAGCGUUGCAAUGUCCCUCUUGACCACGUGGUGGUCGUAAUAGGGCCUACGAUAUUUUUUUUGGCAAUGUUCUGUCGCUUCUACGUGCAAACAUACGUAAAGAGACAGAUUAAAUUAACAUUUAAGAAAAGAUCGAUUUUAGAGGGCGAACUAAUGAAAGAGUUGCAGUUCAUGCCGCCCGCAAAAAAUGGUAAUAUUAGAAUUGUUUCUUUCUCAGAUGGCAGAGGUUACGCUUCUAAGAAAGGUGAUUAAUUGGUUAUUUGAUAUGUGACUUCUAGACGGUAACCCAUUUAAUCGUAUGCUUCACGGCAUAUAAAUUCGAAUUGGAUGAAAUAUUCUUCGAUCUUCAAACACUUAUAUCCAUCAUUCUCAAUACGACUGACAUAGUAUAUUAUUUACCUACAUAUAUUACAAAAAAUAAAACAUUUUUCUCAUAUAUUCGAUAACAAUGUGCAUAAGAUGUACAUGCGCUGACGUUGUUAAACGUGUACGUUCCCAAACCGUAUUCGUGUACGUUUUUUAUGUAAUGCUCUUUACUGUUUAAGGUAUUUGAUAUAUAUAUGACAGUAGGACAUAUUGGGCUUAAAAGUGAUUUUACUGCAAUGGCCGAAGUCCUUAAAAUGUUCAUACAGUAAUUUGGGAAUUUAUGUCUUUUUGCCCAAAUAGCCAAAGUGCAAAUCUGAGGCUACUUCUACUGUGCGAAACAAGUAAAAUAGAUUUAGCGUUUUUUUUUACCAUUCAUUUAAUUUUUAUUAGUACGGCUUAGAAAUUUGUUAUAAUAUUACAGUGCCGAUAGUUUUUUAGACGAUUCUGAAGCAUUGGCCAAGAUGUAAAAGGCUGCCUUAUACAAAUAAUGGUUGCAUUCAUAUAUUCACACAAGUGAGUGAAGUAGUUGGCGCACAAUGUGUGGCCUUUUGUAGAACGAGAGUUCACAAACCAAAAUGUAUAGGAUCAUAAGCUAUGCGCCUUCUGGAAUAAAAAAGUAUUUAUCAGACUUUGUAUUUUACUUGUUAUAAUCUUAAGACUACGGUUAUGAAAUAAAACAUCUUAACUUGAUUAAGAUUGCUUCUGAGGCUUGACGAAGCGUGCGUUUUGUGUUGGUGGUGGGUUGACAUAAUUAUAUGUAGAAUAUUAUAAGAAUACAUGUUAUUAUAGUGUCUGCUUUAUAAUGAUGCUCCGACAUGGUUAUUCAGACAA